AGCCUACAAUAAGCAUGUGUAUUUUAUGUAGGGCCUAAAAUUUCCUGUACUGAACUUACCUGCUUACACAGUACUGUUUACUGAGUAAUCUCCUAAUAAUAUUGUCGUUUUCACUUGUGCUGUAAUUUUUGUAAGUAAGACCAUGAGCUACAAAGUUAACAUGGAAGACUCCGAUGACCUCCACGUCUGUCUAAAGUGCCACGAUCAGAUUGUUGGUCUGGACAAUUACAUUGAGCACCGAAGGUCAAGUUGCCUAGGAAGACCCAAGGAAGUUGAAUCUCCUGAUGAUGCAGCUGGAGGCAGUAAUCAGACCGUUUCUCAGACUUCUUCUGGUAUUUCAAAGACAAGUGACACAAACUCCAAGAAUGGGUCUCUGGAAGACACCGCUGUUAAUUUGGAAGUUGAAGGUUCAGAUGAGCAGUCGACGGUCGCCCAAAAUAAUGGUGAAAUUCGUCAACAGAAACGGAAAAUAAAACGCCCCCAGAGGAUUCCACAGAGCGCCGUAAAGGAGAAGUCUUUUACCACACUCGAGCGGCCUAGCCGUCCACAAAGGGUGAAACGGUCCCCAUUAGCAUCCAAGUUGUAUGUUGUAGAUCUUCCCAAGGACACUCAUGAGAAGAAAAAGGCAAAAUCCCAACCUCCUGCAACUGGGAAGCAGCUGCAUGGACAAAAGGACUCUGACAAGGAUGAGAGUGAAUUGGGCACUGAUGCUGAAAGUGAAGAAGAGGAGCAGGAGCAGCCCUUAAGAUCAAAGAAGAGUAAGAGAGGAAGGAAGCCCAAGGUAUUGUUGACAGAGGAGGAGGAGACCCUUUUGGCUGGGUGUAAGGUGAAGAAGGACUACCAGUGCAAACUCUGUAGCUUUGUGACUCCUAAUAAGUAUUCAAUGGUCAAACACUUUCGGACCAUCAAGCAUUUGGAGCACAUCGGCAGCAGCAACCCAGAUUCUGUGUUUGCUUGUGAUGCAUGCCCCAUGAAGUUCUUCAGUGAGAAAGGUCUGGAGAGGCAUAAAGUCAGACACGAGCAACAGGGCAGAUGCAUGAAGUGUGACAUUGAGUUUGAAACGAGAAAGGAGCUUCAGGAUCAUAAUAAGGUAGAGCAUGCCAAAAGUAGGCAGAAGGUAUAUAAGGGAACUGUGGAACCAUGCAAAGAAUGUGGCAAAAAGCUGGCAAAGGGUUACAUGAAAAUCCACAUGCGUAUCCACACGGGUGAGAGACCAUUCGCCUGUGAACUUUGCCCACAGAGGUUCAACCAACAUGGAGACCUGAAAAUGCACACCAAAAGGCAUUAUGGCAUCAAGGACCACAAGUGCUCGCUAUGUAACUUUAUCACUGUCAAGGCGUCGAUCCUCAAGAACCAUAUGAAGCUGCACACCAAGAGAGAGCGGACAGAAGCUUGCCACUUGUGCCCACAAAAGUUCUACAACCAGGCACUUCUGAAGUCCCACGUUCGCUUGAAGCACCAUCCUUGUAGGGUCUUCCUAUGCACAGUCCCUGAGUGCACUUACAAGUUCAAGUUCAGAACUGAACUGGUCAUCCACAUGCGUAGGCACACCAAUGAGAAGCCCUACCUGUGCACCGUGUGUGGUUACACUGGCUCUACCAAACAGGCCCUAUCAAGGCACUCCCGCAAGCAUACUGGUGCCAAACCCUUCAAAUGCGAUCACCCUGGCUGCAACUACAUGGGGCGCGUCUCCACACAUCUGACCCGACACAAGCGGCUGCAUACCGGUGAGAAACCCUACAAGUGCCCAUACUGCAGUUAUCGUGCCAAUACUCACGAGAACGUCCGCAAGCACAUCCGUUCAACAAAGAAACAUGCCGGAUUUGCUGUCUACAUGUGCAAGUUCUGCUCGGAAAUGAAAACUGAUCUCUACCAAGAACUUGUUGAUCACAUGCGAAAGAUGCACUAUGACGACUAUGUUACCUUUGAUCAGAUUUCCCACCAUUCAGGACUCCUUGCUGAUAAGGAAACUCCUCUUGAGGUGACAAUGGACCAACCAGACACCAUGGAGGAGACAGAGGAUCAACCAGAUACCAAUAAAAUCAAAAAUGUUAUAGAGAUACAUGUAGAUGGGAGCACUGCAGACACUAACCUUGGUCAGGAUUUGCAGCUGGCAGCAGAUGCUGACCAAAGCACCCAGGUGAAUGUGACCGCCGAGGAGAACAGGCAAGAUUUAGAGAUGAUGGUACGCGACGCAGACGUGGGGGAAACACAACCGAACCUGUGCAAGGAGUACAUCCUCUGCCAAGUCAUACAAGAUGGCAGUCAACCUCAGCAUCAAGGGCAGGGAGAUGGGACAGAGGCCGUGGAAGGUUCGGAGGGGUCUGCAGCUGGAGACUCUGGGGAGAUGCAGGAGAUUCAGAUGGUAUCCGUUGAGGAGGGGCAAGCUACAGAGGCGCUUGAGAUGAUCCUGAGACAGGCUGUAUCUGAUGGAUCCACUGGCUCCCAGGAAUAUAUUAUUCUUUAAACACCAGAUAAUAGCAGUUAGAACGAGACUCAUUUGCAUUUUAGGGGAUCACCAGUAUUUUUCUGAUCUUGGUCGAAGCCUGGCUUUGGAUUUUAUUACCCUGAUACAGCCUGUCUCUGACAAGCCCUGUAUUCAAGCUAAUUCAAGUCAGGUAUGAUCAGAAUUUUGUGGGUAGCAUUGCCAAAGUUCCCAAGACUGCAUUGGAUUCAUCGUGUUGAUAGCAACCUCUACCCGGCCACUGCAGUUGCUUUACCACGCCUGUAUUUGGGAAUACAUGUACAUGUACAACCCAAAUCCAGUGGACCAAGACUGUUGUUAUCCUGGCAUUUGUGAAGUGCAUUGCACCAUCCCCGACUGUGCAAAUACAUAUUGCAUAUUCUUAACGGCAAAAUUUGAAGUGUCUCAGAGAGUCUGGUAAGGCGGGGGCAAGGGUUCAGCUUAAAACAAGUUUAGGAGCUUAUCACUUUGUCUUUCAGUUGGUACAGCUAAGUUCAACUGCACAAUGUAAAGGUAAAUACGCUUACAAAUUCAAAAUUAAAAUUGGUACUGAAAACCUUUUAAUUAGUUUAUGUACAUGUACAUGCUACAAAAAUAGAUUGGCAAAAAUAAUAACAAUACUUCACGCCAUUAUACUAGGUCAAUGCUGUCACAGAACCAUUUGCAAACACAUUAAAUAUUUGUACCAUUGAACUUUUGGAUGAAAAUGUAAGCUGAAAAGUUGAAAUGUAAAAUGUAAGUUGAAAAUGAAGUUGAUUUCAAAUGUUGAUUUGUUUUUAAAAUUAAUCUGUGCAAACACUGUGUGUAACACAAAAUGUAAAAUUAACAAGUAUCCCCCCCCCCAAAAAAAACCAACCACCAAAACCACACCACCAACCAACCACUGAGGGAAAGAAACAAUGAAAAACACCACACUUCAUUACAUUUACACUAUGGUCAUACUUCACACGAAUAUGAAACUGAAGCGAAUUUCAUGAAGUCAACAAUUCCAGUUGCAUGCAUUACCCAAAUGAAUUCGCUUCACACAGACAUCCGCAUGAAGAAUGAACCAGUCUUAAAGAUGUACAAAAUGUAUAUUUGCCAAAUGAACAUUUAUUUCCACAACAAAAUGAUCAAAACCAAAAAUCAAUUGCCUUUUUUUACUCUUAAAAAAGUCAAAGCACCAAAAACAAAUCACAUUUUUUGUAUUAUUAUCUCGUAAUUUCAAAGCUUAAAGCUAUUAUUCAUGAUGUAUAAAUAGGAAAUUUGUGUGUUUUUAAUAAAUGCAUUUUCACUUUGUUUUUUUAUAAUUGCUUUGUAAAACAUAAAUCUUGUUUCCUAGUAGGUCACACCUCUCUUGUUUUUCCUAUCGACCAAAUGUUCGUAAUGUAGCAAAUGCCUGCAUCUUAAUUGUUAUGUUAUAUUGAGUGGCAGCGUAGUAAAUAAAAUUUCAUAAAUACAUGUACCUAAGUCAGUUUACCCAUUCUUUGGUUAUAAACUGUUGAUGAAACACCGCUGUGUUCUGCGCCACAUCGUGCAGUAUGAAACCCACCUGCACCAAUCUCCAUAAAAGGAGGUAUUUAGCACCACAGUAUUUAUGGCACAUACCAUAAACUGGCGAGAGGGAUGUGUCACAAAACAUGAAGUAAAAUUGAUGAACAAAAUCGUUCAAAAUUUGUGAAUUUAUGACUUUAUGACAAAAAAUUAUGGAUGAAUAGGAAUAAAUGUGUGCUUGGCCGGUAUUAAACAAAAAAAACCCAGCUAGGAGCCUGGACGUGGAUAAUGCCUUCUUUUCGGAUCAUUAUCCGCAUCCAGGCCCCAAGUCGGUUUUAAACUUACUUGUGUAAAAUUAGCCAAUCGCAUAUUUAUUCCUUUAGUAAUGCAUACAUAUGUACGGUACAUGCAUAUUUGUAAUCAUUGUGUGUGCAGGCAUGGGUGAAAUGCCAUUCACAAUGCGAAAAAUCGUAAAAUUUGGUCCACAGUGAAAUUUUGGACCAAAAAUUAAUUUUGUGCAUUGUGCCUUUUUUUAAUGCAUGUCACGGCAUGCAGUUCUGUUUUACUUAUUUCUUUACUCAUUACAGAUGAAUAUGUGUAGACGUCACACUCUUAGAUUAGUUUCAUCACACUUGGAAAUUUUAAAUACAUGUUUAUCUGUUAGUAGUUCACUGAUAUUGGUUUUAAUUUUUGCAAGCAACUUGAUCAAGAAGUUGUAUGUAUAUAUUGAAAAUGAGUGAGUAAUGUUCAAUAGUUAUUAUAUGUUGGGGAAUAAUAAUAAUUCAUUUCAUUGCAAACUUAAUGGCUUGUAUAUCAAAU